ACUUCAAUGCAUCCCACCAAACCCUUUUUGUUUAAAACCCAACUUUUGAAAUCUUUAAUUCCAUUCACAUCUCUCCAUUUUGUUGUGUCUUUCUGGGUUAUAGUAAGUAAUGAAGAACACCAGUAGGUCGACAAUUCUACAUUUUAACAACCUAGUGUACCUCAUCUUCCUACUCACUACUUCACUCUUCCCCAUUUUCUGCAACUCUUACGACCCUACUGAAAAUAUCACCCUUGCCUGCGGCUCCUCUGACAACACCCCCGCCCCAGACCACCGGGAAUGGGUGGCCGACAUUGUUCCCAAUUAUCUGUCCCUGGAACAAAAACACAACUCAUCAAUACCCUCUUCAGCACAAAUACCGUCUCCCCAAGCUAGCUUUGUUCCCUACUUGAAAGCACGCAUAUCUCUCUCUGCUUUCACCUACGUAUUUUCGGUCACUGCCGGCCAAAAGUUCAUACGCUUGCACUUCCACCCUUCUCAAUACCAAAACUUCGACCCCUCCAAAGCCUUCUUCUCCGUCAAAGCCAAUCAAUUCAUUCUUCUCAACAACUUCAGUGCCUCUCUAACAGCUGCUUCUCUCGGCCCUGACUAUCUAUUUAAAGAGUUCUGCAUAAACAUAGAAGAUGAAGAUCAAACAUUGAACCUCACCUUCACUCCGUCUUCAACUCCAUCCGAUGCACACGCUUUUAUCAAUGGAAUUGAAAUUGUCUCCAUGCCUACCAAUCUUUAUUACACCCCGGCCGAGGCUCAAUAUGGUAUUACUUUUAUCGGCCAUGAGCAAACCCCAAUUCGUAUUGAAAACAACACUGCUCUUGAGACCGUACGCCGAUUAAAUGUGGGUGGAUCAUAUAUUUCACCCGCGGACGACACGGGCAUGUUCCGAAGCUGGAACGAUGACAGGGGCUACGUUUCAAACAUAGGGGCUCUUCCAGUUAACUACAGCUUUAAUCCUAUCUUCUCCUCCGGAGUACCCAAUUACACUGCACCCGCUCAAGUAUACAAGACCGCUCGGUCCAUGGGAAACAACAAAACAGAGAACCAGAAUUACAAUCUCACUUGGAAUUUGCCCGUGGAUUCUGGUUUUACAUACCUGGUCAGACUACACUUUUGUGAGUUUCAAGUUGAGGUCACAAAGCAAAGUGACAGGGAAUUUACUAUUUUCAUAGCGGAUAAGACGGCCGAGCGUCAAGCCGAUGUGAUUGUUUGGGCUGGAAGAAAUCAUGUCCCGGUUUACAGAGAUUAUGCAGUGAUGAUGGUGAGUCCCGAUCAGAAGAAACAGAAUCUGUCUAUAGCUCUGCAUCCUAAUCCGGACUCACAGACAGUUUACUCUGAUGCCAUCUUGAAUGGCAUAGAGGUUUUCAAAAUCAGUGACUAUUCCGGCAAUCUCGCCGGACCCAACCCUGACCCAGUUCCAACACCGUCUACUCCACAACCAGAGAAGAAGGAAAACCCAAGAAAGACACCAUUCGCAGCCGUUGUCGGCGGUGUUCUUUCUGCCGUGGUUGCGCUCUCUAUUCUUGGUUUCUUGAUUUACCGGCGACGGAGAAGGGUUCAGGAAUCAGGUUCAAGGAAGGGAGGAUGGGGCUCGAUCUCCUACGUCGCAACAAAACAGGACAAAAUGGGUGGGCCACUUCUACCGUCUGAUCUGUGUCGCCACUUUUCUUUUUCUGAGAUCAAAUCCGCGACUAACGACUUUGACAGUGUUUCCAUCAUCGGACGUGGUGGAUUUGGCGACGUAUACAAAGGGUAUAUAGAUGGUGGGGCCACCCAAGUUGCAAUAAAACGGUUGAAACAGGGGUCCCAACAAGGGGCCCAUGAGUUCAAGACAGAGAUCGAGAUGCUCUCUCAGCUCCGUCAUCUUCAUCUCGUGUCUCUAAUUGGGUAUUGCAACGAUGAAAGUGAGAUGAUACUCGUGUAUGAUUACAUGUCCAAUGGGACCCUUCGUGAUCACCUCUAUGGCUCUGAUAAUCCCCCACUCUCGUGGAAGCAACGGCUGGAGAUCUGCAUAGGGGCUGCGCGUGGUCUGCAUUAUCUCCAUGCAGGUGCGAAGCACAGGGUCAUUCACCGCGACGUGAAGACAACCAAUAUUUUAUUGGAUGACAAAUGGGUGGCCAAAGUUUCAGAUUUCGGAUUAUCCAAAAUAAGCUCCACUGACGUCUCCAACGCUCACAUCAGCACUGUGGUAAAGGGUAGUUUCGGGUAUUUGGAUCCCGAAUACUAUCGGCGUCAACAAUUGACUGAAAAAUCUGACGUGUACUCUUUUGGGGUAGUGUUGUUCGAGGUAUUGUGUGCUAAAUCACCGGUUAAUAGGACGCUGCAAAGAGAUCAAGUGAGCUUAGCUGUGUGGGCUCGCAAAUGUUAUCAGGACGGUACACUUGAUCAGAUCGUUGAUCCACAUCUGAUGGAAAAAAUCGAGCCGGAGUGUUUGAAGAGAUUCGCAGAGAUUGCGGUGAGGUGUUUGCAUGAUGAGGGAAUCGAACGGCCAUCAAUGAACGAUAUAGUUUGGACCCUGGAGUUUGCGUUGCAGCUGCAAGUGAGUGAGGAGGAGAGACUCAAAAUUGGUGGAGAUGAAGUAAAAUUUAAUAAGAUGGAUCUCAACCGUCGUUUUGGACCUGUAGGCGGUGAUGAUGGACACAUGUCAAGCAGUAGGGUGUCCAUGACGAGUGAUAGUGGGACGAGUUUUACGACUGAUGGGUCUGACAAAAUAUCUUCAGGUGCUGUGUUUUCUGAGAUCAUGAAUCCCAAUGGGCGUUGAAAUGUGUGGUUAAAUUAUUGGUCAUGGGCAUUGCAAUGUAAGCUAAUAGCUUUCGGUUAAUCUCGCUAAGUCUAGUAGUUAUAGUUUGUGAUGAUCAUAUGAAUUACUGGUAAUGUACUGAAAUAUAAUAGGAUACUUGAUAAUAGUGGAAUUCCAAGUUAUGUUAUAAAUUACUAUAAUUUAAGGGAUUUGUUGGUCUCGUUA